ACAUUACAGAUGCUGCCGUGUACACUCUCUGUAGACAUGGCUGAUGUAUCACAGAAUACUGAAUGGAGUCCUGUGUGAUAGGAGAGGACAGAGGCUUUACAGGUAUUUGCCAUAACUUUGGUCAAUGGGGGAUCUGGGGGGGGGUCACAUAUACUGGACCCUGGUGAGAGGAGCAGCCGGGGAGAAGACAUGUCAGAGAGGAGGAGUCUGUAUGGAGGCUGCAUUGCUCUCAUACUCUCCUCAUGUCUACUAUGUCUGUAUAGUGACUAACGAUUGAAAUUGCUAAGGAUCACAGCUCUGUUGUUACUCACUGCCUUACACACAGCUAAACCACAGAAAAAUUGUGUGUUCCAUUCAUCAAGAGUUACAAUUAGAUGGAAAUUGUUAAAGAUUACAGUUCUAUUAUUACUCUCUGCCUUACACACAGCUAAACCGCAGAAAAAUUGUGCCCUACACUCACUGGGAGAUACACCUAGGUAUUUUAAACAUGGAGAUGUAAUGUUGGCCGGGAUCUUUCAGUUUUCAUAUGGAUCUUAUUAUGGCUAUGAAAACAAAAUGUUAUUCCCCCCACAAGAUCGUGUAUGUACAGGUUUUAAUAUUCAAUACUUGCGCCAUUUCCUUGCAUUUGAUUUUGCUAUCAAAGAAAUAAACAAAGACCCAGAUAUUCUUCCCAACAUCACCCUGGGAUAUGAUAUUUAUGACACAUGCUACUUUCCUGAGCAAGCAAUGCAAGCCACAAUGAGAGCUCUGUCAGGAGGUGUAAAGCACCAUUGGAACUACAGGUGCGGUGACAAUGGCAAAAUUAUAGCAUUUAUUGGACAUCUGCUUCCUACUCCAUCAGAAGCAAUAUCACAGAUACUUAAUCUAUACGGAUACCCACAGAUAAGUUACGGAGAAAGCUUAAAUAACAAAAUAAAUUUUAAAUUCUUCUACCGCACUGCACAUGGGCCAAAUGUUGUGAACAAAGUGAUUAUAAAGUUACUGAACUACUUUAGUUGGACAUGGAUUGGAUUAAUUACUGGUGAUGAAGAUGAUCUCCUGAAAGCCAGUGAAAACCUUAAGGAGGAAAGUUUAAAAAGUGGGAUUUGUGUGGAAUAUUUCCUAAACACUGAUGAAUUUAUCUCUAAAAUAUACAAAAAACAUUUAAAGACAACAAAUGCAAGAACUCUUGUCCUUAAUGCUUCACUUUUGUCAAUAGAAAAAGUAUUAAAGAUUUUUUUACGAAAAACCCAACACAAUUUAAUCUUUACAAAAGAUAUACUGACUGAUAGCCGUGCGAUAGAAGAUAGAUAUAUAUUUUAUUUGGAAGAAGUAUUAUUAUUUGUUCCUCAGAAAGGCAACAUAAUUGGCCUAAAGAAAGUGCUUCAAAAAGCCAACCCUGUAGAUUACCCAAAUAACAAGAUGCUUCAACAUAUAUGGCUUUCAUAUUUUCGUUGUGAGCCACCAGAUAACAAAGUAAAUAAAAAGUACUGGUGCAGGAAAAACCAUACACUAGAAUCACUUUCUAACAUGGAAUAUGAUGUUGACAACUUUCGGACCACAUACAGUGUUUACCUUAGCGUUUAUGCUGUUGCUCACGCCUUGAACAAUAUGAACAUGGCAGAUAAUAAAGAUGGGAAACACCAUGGAUCAUUUCUUCAGAGGAUUCAUGCAAAACAGGAACGUUUCUCUUCAUGCUCUGAAACAUGUUUUCCUGGAUAUAGAAGAGCUGUAAACCCAAUAUUAUACUGCUGCCAUUUAUGUGUUCCUUGCCCUACUGGGGAAUAUUCUAAUGGGAAUGAUGCUGAUAUUUGUGAACAGUGCCCAGAAGAUGAAUGGCCCAAUUCAAGAAAUACUGCUUGUGCGAAAAGACCAGUUGAUUUCUUAUCUUUUCAGAACUUACUUGGAUCAUUGUUAACAUCACUUAUUGUAAUAUUAUUUAUUUUCUCAAUGAUCAUUCUAAUUAUAUUUAUUAAAUAUAGAAAGACUCCUAUAGUUAAAGCCAAUAACAGAAAUCUCAGUUACACCAUCCUUAUCUCACUCAUGUUGUGCUUUCUAUGUUCUCUACUGUUUAUAGGUAAUCCGGACAAGGUGACUUGUUUGUUACAGAAUAUUAUUUUCAAUUUAGUUUUUGCUGUUGCUCUUUCUUCAAUUUUGGCAAAAACCAUCACUGUUCUAAUUGCUUUUAAUGUUACUAAACUAAAUAACCAAUUCAAAAUACUUUUUAGAAAAAUUUCCCAGGUGUUUAUUAUAUUUUGUCUUAUAGGUGAAUUUGGUAUCUGUAUGUGCUGGAUACAGUUAUAUCCUCCAUAUCCUGAUAGAGAUUCAGUGUCUAAACCUGAGAUCUUAAUAUUACAUUGUAAUGUAGGUUCUCAUGUGAUAUUUUAUCUUGCUCUCGGUUAUAACAGCUUCCUUGCACUUUUAUGUUUUCUUGUCGCUUACUUUGCAAAAACGUUGCCAGAUAGAUUUAAUGAAGCCCAUCACAUCACAUUCAGCAUGUUGGUGUUCUGUAGUGUAUGGAUCUCAUUUAUACCGGCAUAUAUCAGCACUAAAGGCAAAUACAUGACGGCCGUGCAGGUUUUUGCCAUCUUAGCAUCAAGUGCUGGACUCUUGGGAUUCAUCUUCUUUCCAAAAUGUUUUAUUAUAAUAUUUAGACCUGAAUUAAAUGUAAAACAAUCUCUGUAUAUAAGAAGCAAAUAGAGCUGUGCAAAAGUAUUUGAAUCUUUAAAGUUACCUUAGACAUUUAAUAUCUUAUGUAGCAUGUUAGAGAUUUAAAAAUAAGUAUUUAAUAAAUGUCAAGCUUCACUAUUUCUUGCUUCUCCUUUACUAUAAAUGUAAAUAAAUACUAUUUUAACCCCUUAAGGAACAAGCCCAUUUUCACUUUAAGAACCAGAGCAUUUUCACUUUAAGCAUUAAUAACUCUGGGAUGCUUUUACUUCUCAUU